UCUAGGCUGAGACUUGCCGGCAUCUGCAGCCGUACACAGAGAGAGAGCUGAGCUGAGGCGUGCUGCUUUUCUAGCCUGCUUCUCUGAGAGAAUCUGACACCCCCAGAUGGCAGAGGGCUGCUGGAGGCAGAUGGGAUCGUGGUGGCAAUUCCUUCUCCUCUACAUCCCAUUGUCGCUGCCUGGAGACUUAGAUUACCUGGAAGGAAAUGGGGGCUGGCCGACGAACAAGUACUUGGCUCUGAUGGAAGAAGACCACUGCACUGUGGAGAGGAGAGACGCUUCCCUGACCUACUCCCAGUUCAUAGACCAAUAUGCCUUUUCCAGGCCUGUUGUUAUCCAGGGGAUCACGGACAACUCGGAAUUCCAGGCGCUCUGCACGAGGAACAAGCUGCUGGCAGAGUUCGGGGACCGCCUGGUGCGUCUCAGCACUGCCAACACCUACUCCUACCGUAAAGUGGACGUGCCAUUCCAGGAGUAUGUGGAGCACCUGCUGGAGCCUCAGGACCUGGCCUCCCUGGGCAGUGAGACACUCUAUUUCUUUGGAGACAAUAACUUCACCGAGUGGGGCUCCCUCUUCCAGAAAUACAUGCCGCCUCCGUUCCGGAUUCCAGGCACCAGCGGGGCCUACAGCUUUGGGAUCGCCGGCUCCGGUUCUGGGGUUCCCUUUCACUGGCACGGCCCGGGUUACUCGGAGGUGAUCUUCGGCCGGAAGCACUGGUUUCUCUAUCCCCCCGAGAAAACCCCCGAGUUCCACCCCAACAAGACAACUCUAGCCUGGCUGCUGGACGCAUACCCAUUUCUGCCGCCGGAGGACCGCCCUGUGGAGUGCACCAUUCACCCUGGCGAGGUGCUGUAUUUCCCUGAUCGCUGGUGGCACGCCACCCUCAACUUGGACACGAGUGUCUUCAUCUCCACCUUCCUGGGGUAGCUCAGGGCUUUGCCUACCUGCCGGCCAUUCCUCAGGAACUGAAUUGUUCACUUCCCUCCCACCAAAGCCCUGGGAUUCUGCUGGUGAAUUCUAGCCAUCUCUCUCCCCGAUAACCCUGCAGGCAGAGCUGGACUCUGGGAGAGGGGCUGAUACAGCUCUAAUCCAUCUAGGAUUUAUCCUGGUCUAUGUGAGCACCCCCAUUCUGUGAUGCAGCAGCUGCUGAGGUUAGGUUGGAGGCGGGAACCUGUCCCCUUUCUCCCAUACAGGGUGGGAACUCCCAGCAGCUGGUGGCAUUUGCUGCUGUACUUACAACUCUGCGCUUUCUGUUCCUCAGCUCCAUGGGCAGAGCUCUUCUUGCCUGCCUGCUCACCCCACCCCCUUCCUUCACAUCCUCUUUGUGUUUCUAAGAUCUGAGGAACAGAGUCCAUGGCAGAAGGCAGCUUCUGGCUCAACCCUGGUCUCUAGGCAGGAGUGACAUUACUAUGUAGGCUCUUCUUUAAAUAGACCAUUGGUCAGUAGCACAGAACCAGCCACUCCAGCUCUAGAGCUAAAUCGCCAGGCAUGGGGCUUAGUCUAGCCUCAGAUGCCCUUGUAUCUGCCCUUGGUGACCCUCCCUCAGCAGCUCUGCUGAGAGCUCAUUUCCUGGUGCUCAUUCAUGGGUGCAGGGGAAAAUUGAAGGACCAGUUUCUGUUACCCAGGAAUCCCCUGCAGCUGGGGGUGGUUGGGCCGGCUUUCACUCGAAUGUUAAUGUACAAGCAGCAAAGGAUACUUGAAAUAAGAGUUUAGGUCAUUUAUUGGGAUUUUCCUAUUUCAAGUCUGGAUUAAAAUAUAACUGC